AGUCGAUUUCUCGUCAAGCAGACGACGGGCCGCCAUAUUGCACGAGUUACGUGAAGGAGGUCCGGUGUUUUCUACGUCGAAGAUGUUCAAUCCGGCAAACAUGUUCGCCCGUCAGGCAAUCAGAAGGUUCACCACGAGCGCGAUUCGUAGGAGCGGUCAUCACGAUCCUUACGACGGUGUUCCUGGACAUAACUUCCCAUUUAGCACGCAAAAUAGACACAAGCUGUUGGUUCUGUGCAUGCUCUACGUGGGUAGCGCAUUCUCCAUUCCCUUGUUCGUAGUUCGCCAUCAGUUACUGAAGUAAAUUUCUGGUUUAUUAGCUAUGUUGCUAUAGUAUCAUUUCGCAUUGCCGAUGUUGGAGAACUGUUGGACUCUGCGAAUGAAUUACCACAAUUAGGAUAUAUGAUGUAUUUGUAACGAAACUUCAGUAGUAUCAGAUCAUAUGUUCAAAUGAUUAAAACCUUCAUUAAAAGUAUACGUUACACUAA